AUGUGUCCUGACCUGUAUAAGACACGCUGUUUGUUUGUCUGCCGUGCCCAGCCAUGGCUCUGCGCACCAGCUGUCUCCUCCUGCCCCUCUUCUUCAUUGCAUCAGCAAGAGUCAUCUUGGUGGAUGCUGCAUGCACACUUAUACCAGACGGUACUUGUGGCAAUAACCCAGCCAUAUUAUGUGCUGGCUGUGACGCAGGCGCUAAAGUGCCGAACCCUGAAGACUGCUACAAUUACUACGUGUGCGAUGGUGACGGCGUCUUCCUAUUCGAUGACCCCUUCCCCUGUCCAGAUGGUCAGGUAUUCGACAUGACUGCCUGCAAGCCAGACGAUGGCACAUGCACUACUAUAUGUCCCGACACUGGUGGUGACGGGGGUUGCUUUUAUACUUGUGAAGGAAAUACAAGAGAAAUAAUUAUAUCCGAUCCAUUUGACUGCAGUGUGUACCAACAAUGUAGUGGUACAGAGCCUGGGCCGGCAAUGACGUGUCCUGCUGAUGCACCGUACUUUGAUGGGGAGAAGUGUGGUGUGGAUGAGUCUCUCUGCUGCCACUGCCGCCCCUACUGCUACCCAGGAGACAAAGGCAGGAAGGUAGAGGACCCCACAGACUGCCGGAAGUUCUUCUACUGUUUAAAAGAAAGUGAAACACCGACCUUCGCAGGUGAGUGUGAAGAUGGUGAGCACUUUGACAUGCAUGCGAUGUUGUGUCGCAACACCGCGCCGUGCGUCACGCUGUGCAGGAACGUGGUGGACGAGAACGGCUGCAUCGACCCGUACACGUGCCAGGAAUUAGGCUACUUCCCCAAAUGCAAGACACAGUGCCUGAGGGAAUACUACCACUGUGUGGAGGUCAGUGACGACUACGCCACGCCGGAGACGUGCCCCAAUAACCUUGUCUUCAACCCUGACACUCUGACAUGCAUCAAGAACGAGACGUGUCCUUAUAAUUACAAGUAGCUUCCCCGCUGGCCCUGUACCCGCCUGGCUGCUGCGGCGCCACCUGCCUCAGUAAAGUGUUGGGCAGCACCUUUGUCUCCUGGGUCAAUACAGUGCUGUGGCGGGGAAGUGUAGAGCUUAGGUUGCACGGACAGUGAGCCACACACACCCUCGGGAAAUGUAAACUUCACCAAUACACUCAAACAGUCCUCAGUAAACCAGUCAGUCAGUCAAUCAGUCAGUCAGCCAGUCAAUCAGUCAAACAUUCAGCCUCUCAGUGAGUCAGUCAGUCAGUCAUCACAAUCCUUCUGAGCCACGCCUCAUAACAAAUCUCUUGCUCCCCACAGAACCAGAUAAGG